CACAACCCUCACAUGUAGCACUUAUAAAUAUCUCCAUAAAGCAUCUCCCAUAUCUUUGUAAUAAUUGUAAUAAUAUUAUCCAUAAACUUUAUGCCUAAUAAAUACAUAACACAACCUGUAUUUGAGGACAUAAUUGAAUUAUUAUAACAUAUAGUUUGCAAUGGCAUCAGAAGGUAAAAUAAUAGAGCAUCCUAAGAAGGCCUUUGGAUGGGCAGCUAGAGACACUACUGGUGUUCUCUCCCCUUUCCAUUUCUCAAGAAGGGAAACAGGAGAGAAAGAUGUAGCAUUCAAGGUCUUGUAUUGUGGGAUAUGUCACACUGAUCUUCAUAUGAUGCACAAUGAGUGGGGAAAUUCAAUCUAUCCAUUAGUUCCAGGGCAUGAACUUGUGGGUGUAGUAACUGAAGUGGGAAGCAAAGUAGAAAAGUUUAAAGUUGGAGACAAAGUAGGUGUGGGAUACAUGGUUGAUUCAUGUCGCUCGUGCGAAAAUUGUGACGACAAUGUUGAGAAUUAUUGUCCCCAACUUACAGUCACUUGUGGUGCCAAGUAUCGGGAUGGCACUAUUACAUAUGGAGGUUACUCCGACUCAAUGGUUGCAGACGAGCACUUUGUGAUCCUUAUUCCUGAUAACCUACCUCUUGAUGUUGCCGGCCCUCUCCUUUGUGCUGGUGUUACAGUGUAUAGUCCUCUUAGGCAUUUUGGUAUUGACAAGCCUGGUAUGAAUAUAGGCGUUGUCGGUCUUGGUGGACUUGGUCAUAUGGCUGUGAAAUUCGCCAAAGCUUUCGGUUCUAAUGUAACAGUCAUUAGUACAUCGCCUAGCAAAGAAAAGGAAGCAAUUGAACACUUAGGAGCUGACUCGUUUCUAAUAAGUCGCGACCCAGAUCAAAUGCAGGCUGCAAAGGGUACUUUGCAUGGUAUUAUUGACACAGUUUCGGCGAGUCAUCCUGUCUUACCGCUGAUUGGUUUAUUGAAAACUAAUGGAAAGCUUGUAAUGGUUGGUGGAGUAGCAAAACCUCUAGAGCUUCCUGCAUCUUCUUUACUUGGAGGGAGAAAGUUGAUAGCCGGAAGUUUAAUCGGAGGGAUAAAAGAAACUCAAGAAAUGAUUGAUUUUGCGGCAGAACACAAUGUAAAGCCUGAGAUUGAGAUUGUUCCUAUUGAUUACGUCAACACGGCAAUGGAGCGUCUUGCUAAAGCAGAUGUGAAGUAUCGUUUCGUGAUUGAUAUUGGAAACUCACUGAAAGAAAGCGCUUAAACUUUGUAGGAUUUAUUCGUCAAAUAUGAUUCGCCGGUGAACAAAUAAUAACAGAAACAUGUAACUUUCAGAAAGUUUCGAUGUACCACUUGUUGAGGAUAUUUUAGAUUUCCAUAUUUAUUAUAUUGUUGUGUUGUAAUUUUCUAUGUCUUGUAAUCAUGUGCUAUUUUUAAUAAAAUCUCUUUGGCUUUUAACUUUUUUCUAAAA